AUGAACUUGGCGUCGCAAUGGGUUCUCUGGCAAAAUAACAAUGAUGAGUCCAAUGCCAAGAGCUGGGGGGACGAUCUCGUGGCUGUUGGGGAGGUGUCGACGGUUCCUGAGUUUCUGUAUCUUUGCGACGAGAUAUCGAAUGUCGGGAUUGGGAAGCUGUGCACAAUGAAUCUGUUUAGGAAGGGAGUGAAGCCCAUGUGGGAGGACGAGGCGAACAUAGAUGGAGGAAGGAUCAUAAUGGAUGUUCCUGUUGUUGGCAGGGACAAUGUCGGGGAUCUGUGGAAAAAAACAAUGGCGUUUUGUGUAUCGAACAGCGUUGACAACGUGUGCGGAUGUGUUCUUAGCGAGAAGCAGUCAUUCUACAAGCUGGCCAUCUGGUUUGGGAAGGAUUAUAACCAGGACACCAUUAAGGAGAUGUGGCAGGAAGCUCUAGGAGGCGGGAAUCUAUCUGUCUACUCCUUCUUACAUAAGAAAUCGCUGGACAGCAACAAAGGAAAGAAAAAAUGGGGAGGAAGGAGGUAG